AUGCUCAGGGGAGAUGAGGAGAGUCUCGACAGGUGUAACCUUCGACUUACGGGUAACGAUUCGCAAUGGCAAUGUAUGGAUAAUGAGCAUUUUAACUACAUUUACUGUGGAAAGAACUCAACGUUGGAUUCGAUCUACAUCGGAGGAUGGGGUGGUGUGAGCUUUGGUCGCGCAUCUCUAGAAUUGGAUCAGAUUCCGACUAAA